UUUUCACUGGCAGGAACGCAGCUGAUUGCGUGCUUCCCGAGCGCAGCCAUUUUCCAAUCUUUCGUUCUGUUUACAAAGUUGUGCACACUCGUUGUAAAUAAUCGUGAGUUACGUUUGUUCGUCGUACGAUAAUUAUUACGUGUUAAGUGCAGAGAUGAAGAGAUCGCCGUUGAGCACUCCGAGCGGCCCGAAUCAGCGAAAGCACACGCCGUACAAUUGGAAUUCGCACGAAAAUGCAAACAAAAGAGGUUAUACGCCCAACAGGAACGAUGGUUAUCAAUGUUUUUCUGCGAACGAUGGAACGCAGCAAAUUAGCGGGGAUGAUUUCAUUCCCUUGGACAUGAGUACACCGGUAACACAAUACAAGAAGAACAAUAGUAACUGGCACAGUCCCAGAGGUGGGCGCAAUAAUUCUAGUCCAGACAGCGGAGGGUGUUACAACAGGAGUGGUUACAAUACCCCAAGAUCAAAAUAUAACAAUUCUGGCAACGCCAAUGCAAGGUGUAAUUACAGAAAUAACUAUUACACUUCUUCAAGAUCAAAUAGUAAUAGUUCAUACUCUCCUUACAAACAACCCUUCAAACAGUUUCAACAGUUUCACAAGCAGAGAAAGAAUGACAAAGGAACACACAGGCAAGUGAGCAUAUCAGAGUACAUAGAUAUGCCUUCUUGUUUGAAAGAUCCUUGGGAACAUCUAAUGAAAAAGUUGAACAAUUCAAACAGUACAAGCGAUGAUAAGACACCUCAAGCUGAAUCUUCGUCCAAUCUGAAACUCGUGGACAAUGAUUUCAUAGAGAAGCCUGACAGCAAUCUACCAAGGGAUGUCAAUUUGAACGAUUCACAUUGCAGUCAGGAAUCUAAAGUAAACUCUUCCUUGAAUACAACUUUUGGAGAGGACACUGUAAACGUUAGUCAAACAUCAAAGACUGAUAGCUCAGUAGAUUUAGAGAUCAGCAGUAUUUGCUUCAAUCAGAAUUCAGUUGACGAAAACACAAGCAACAUCAAUGACAAUGCUGCUGGAGCUACGGAAGAGAAAGAAGGAAAAAGAGAGGACAAUAUUCGCCUGGACUCGCCAGUAGCAGAUACUGACGAGAAGAACAUAUAACAGUGAUACAGCACAGAAUGUGUUCUGAGAAGAACACUUUACACAAUCAUGAAAAUGGAAAUUGCGACGUCGAGAGAGACCUGAAAUACCGAGCCGUAGCUUUUUUUUUAACUUGAGAAUGUUGCGUUUUAGUAUGCUCAAGGAGGUUUAAUGAUCAGUGUACUAACAAAUAAUACAAAUUUCUGUAUACAUAUUUCAUUUUACAAGCGCGUAGUUCCCUCACGAAGCGUACGUAACGCUCGUAUGGUCCGUAACUCAAGUAUCCAAUCAAAUAUCGAAUCAGAACAAAUAUAUUCUCGCGGAAUUGCAAUCUCCAUUUUCACCGAAUUGUAUAUAAGAUACUCUCAACAGUGAGUCCACGUAUAGUUAUGUAUCUUGUACAUAGUACAUUGUUAGACUCACGAAACGGUUAUCUCGGGUUUGCGAAGCCGCGCGUUAGAGCUAGAUGUACUACCGGGUUUUUGAGAAAUGCAAUCUUUUCUUUUGGGGAAAUGUAGAUCAAUCGUGAAACCAUAUCCAGUUAGGUAAGCGAGUUACAAUAAUGUAUCAAAAUUAAUCUUUGGGGAUUAUAUUUUCACAACUUGGCUGUGAAAAGGAGCGUGUAGGAUUUCCAUUAGAAAUGUUAGAUGUGCAAUCCCGUAGAGUGUGUUGAGCCCACUAAGUGUACGAGGACUUAGGGGAACAAUAUGUAAACAUCAGUUUCGGAAUAGCGAAUGAAAUCAUUGAUCAUUAUUUCGAGGAAAGAAUUAAUCGUAACCGUAUUAUGUGAAAAUUAUGAAUUUUGCAAUACAUAUGUGUAUUGCCAAUAUGUUCAUAACGUUUAUUCAUGUAUUGUAAACGCGUAAACUAUGGAUAUUUCACCGUUUGUUCGGGUCGGUUUCAAUGCCCAUGUAUGUGCGUUUAGUGUUUCAACAUUUUUCACCGGUUAAACGCGUACAGGAUAGAAAGGAGAAAACUGUUUCACGUAGUGAUAAGUUCGUAUAUAGUAUUCGCAUAAACGUAUCUCUCAACAUCGCCGUGAAAAGACGUCCAUAAAAAUCAGGAUAUAAAGCCGUAGUGUGUCUAGAUAUAAAGCUUUUAUCGUAAUAGCCGAAAGAUAAACGGCGCGUUAUUCUUCUUUAGUUUAUCAUUGGGCUCACUCUACAUAGCACAGAUGAGUGAAACUUACCGUUAAGAUAUAGAUUAAGUUUCUCUGUCUUCUGAAAUCAGAUGAUAGAUUAUGUUGGAUAAGGAAGUUGGAGAAAAGAAGAAAAAAGAGAACGGAUAAAAUAGCGCAAGAGACGACCAGUCUCCUGCUUAUUUCUUGAAUUUCUUAAAACGUCGAUUAGUAAUUAGAAAACGACGAGUCACUGUGAAAUCGGUUCGAGUGUUCCGCGACUGUUCGAUUAAACGAACUGUACGAUUAAACGAAUUGUACGAACUUGAUGUACAAAUGACGAUCUGGUACAAAUAUAUAUAUAUGCAUAAAUUUCAA